AUGGCUGGAACAAUAAAAAUUAUAAGGAAAAAAGAUCCGAAAAAGGCAGACCCCUUGGCCAGACAAAAAUUAAUCUGGACUGUUGGUCAUACAAUGACCUUAGUAUUCGGUGCUCUUUUCACAUUGACAUAUUUCUUCCACGUUCUGUUAUUCUUUAAAUAUCGUUCAUGGAAAUGGCUCUUCUUAAGAGUAAAGAAGAAUUACAGUAUAAUUAAGGGGACAAGAUGGUAUCAUACCAUAUUAAGAUGGUCACCUCAAUUACUGUAUAGAUUAUCCUUAAUAGGAGUCUUUACAUCUGGUUCUGUUACCAUGUUUCAAAAUUGGAAUGGAUUGAAUCCAACUUGGUACGAUCUUUUAUCAUCAUCUAACUUUCAAGCGAUGUUGAUGGCUUUAUUAUGGUUCCUAGGUGGUGGUAAAUCCUUUUAUAAAUUGCUUCCAUUUAUGAUCUUAAGUUACAUGCACUUACUGGAUAAGGAUAAUGAAUUCAAUACUGAGUCUAAGAAAAAGGAGGACCAAUUGACAAUGGCUAAUGUUCACCUUUUACAUCUAGUUUCAUACUCUGAAAUCUUUAUUGUAAUUGCUCUUGUUUUAGAUACUUUGUUGAUGAAGAAUGGAUCUUCCGGUAUUAUGUUGGUCAUCUAUUUAGGUAUAUAUUGGUUGAGGCUCAAUUUUUCACCUUAUGCACAAAUAACUUUAUUAAGAAUUUUGAGUAAAUUCGAUAAGAAGAUACCUCCAAAACAUAAGAACAAUUGGGAUACAAUUAAAAGAUUUAUCUACGCUAAAAUGAAAGCACAUGAAAGGAGAUUACAAGAGGUUGGCCGUACUGCUUAA